GGUGAAAAAACUGGCAGUUCUAUUAAAUGCUUUAAAUAUGUGUCAACUUCCUGCAUAGUGUAGCUGCUGAUAAAAAAAAAUGUUAUAUUCUCUAAAGUACACGUACUGCAAUAUUUAGCAGCUUUUGUUUACUAUUAAAUUUCUUUUGAAAAAUUCAUAAUACGUUAAAACCAACAAAAAUUUUCAAAAAGACAGUAUGUACAUAUGUGUUAACUUCCUAUAUGGCAGCGUUUUACAGCGCCGGCCUUGGAACGUGUCUCGCGUAUUGGAGAUUUUCACAGGCCUUUGGUUCAUUUCGAUAACAUUUUUCAGAGGACUACUAUCGCCAUUUAUGAAGGAUGAGCAUAGCAGCAGUGGUGGUAAUAGCCGCAGAGGUGGUUGGGGCGGUGGCUACGGCGGCGGCGGCGGAGGAGGUGGAGGCGGUGGCGGUGGUUCUGGUGGUGGAGGAGGCGGCGGCAGCGGCGGUCGUGGUAACUUUGGCCCAAACCGUCGCAUUGGACGCAUAAAUAACACAUCAAUGGACGCACCAAGUUGUGGCAGUUGUUGUGGAUAAAUGGCAAUUAUGCCUACUUAUGGCUCACAAGACUUGACAAAAAGUGAAAGGAGUACUGCCUUACAGCAUUUUGAGAUUCGUUAAAACGAACCAGUUAUACAUAAUAUAUACUACAUAUACGCAAUUCCAAGCUAUGAAUCGGGCUUGACGAGGUUAUCAAGUACCUCCGGGUCAUUAGAGUUUACAUAACUUUUAAGUUUGAAAUAUUUCUUGUGAAGUAAAAACUUUUGAACUGACUAAAAUCAAAUACUGAAUGCAUAUAAUGCAAAAAAUAUAUAUAUUAUAUUUUUAAAUGUUUGUUUAAUAGAAUUCCAUAUCGAAAUUUUGUCUAUUAUUAUAUAUAGUAUUUUUCAUAAUAUAAAAUUUGUUUGGUGUUACACCUAAAAUUGUUUAAAUAUCACGCAAAAAUAAAAAUCAAUAAGCCCUGCGCUAACCUCCUAGGCUUGGGAAUAAUAAAAAUGGUGACAUUUAUAAAA